UUAUUUUGUAUGCUAAAAAGGCUGCUGCACACAGGGUCAGAGAAUACUUUUUUUUUUCUCUUAUUACAAGUAAAAAAAAAAGACUUUUUGCAUUUUUAAAAUGUAUUUACUUGCAACUAGGGGGAAACAAAUUUCUUUACUGUUAUCUUAUGCAAAACUAGUCAAAACUAGUUUAUGUGUAUAUGUGGUUGUGUAAUAUUAAUAGUUGUUUUAUAUAUACAUUUAGGUUUCUUCUUAGUGAUGCAAAUUUGUGCUGUUUUUCUUUUUUUCUUUACACUAAACUGUAAAGAGUGAGCAAAUUUUUCCAUUGGGAGUGGUUUUAUGCUAUCACUCAAUCAGUACAAUUCACAUGCGGGUCUACUGUGGAAGUUCUGAUUGGUUGAAAGUUUCUCCCUCAGAUCUUCUAACCAAUAAGAAUAGUCCACGUGUCUUUCUUUCUCUGUGUGCAUGAAAUAGCAGCAAACUUCUUCAAUUUCUGCUUCAAAUCGAACCUUAUGAGAAGCAGGGAGUUCAAGUCACUGAUUUUGUGACUGUUUUGCACUGUAACCAAUGUACAUAAAUAUAUUUUUGUGUAGAUUAUCCAAAUGCACCUCUUGUCUUUCAGAGUGAAAAUCGCAAUCGUUGACAACUAUGAAUAUGAAAACGUAUCAAGGCUUUCAUUACUACCCAAAAAUACAGCAAGCAUGUGGGCGUCCAACCUCAUUGCUCUAUGCCUUUUGGCUGUGGCCGUGUCCGGUGAGGACAAAAAGCUGAGUACCCAUGCAACCUCCAUGGCAGACACCAGCGCAAACCUAGCCUUCAAUCUCUACCACAACAUCGCCAAAGAAAAGGGACUUGACAACAUCCUCAUCUCCCCUGUGGUGGUGGCCUCCUCUCUGGGCAUGGUAGCCAUGGGAGGCAAAUCCUCCACUGCAUCCCAGGUGAAGAGCCUGUUGAAGGCUGACGCCCUGAAGGACGACCAUCUGCAUUCAGGCCUGUCAGAGCUUCUGAGUGAGGUGAGCGACCCCCAGGCCCGCAACGUCACGUGGAAGAUCAGCAACAGGCUGUACGGCCCCAGCUCUGUCAGCUUCGCAGAGGACUUCGUCAAGAAUAGCAAGAAGCACUACAACUACGAACACUCGAAGAUCAACUUCCGUGAUAAGAGAAGCGCCAUCAACUCCAUCAAUGAGUGGGCUUCCACGUCCACUGCCGGAAAGCUGCCAGAAAUUACCAAGGAUGUGAAAAACACAGACGGUGCUAUGAUCGUCAAUGCUAUGUUCUUUAAACCCCACUGGGAUGAGAAGUUCCACCACAAGAUGGUCGAUAACCGUGGUUUCCUGGUUUCCCGCUCUCACACGGUCUCUGUUCCAAUGAUGCAUCGCACAGGCAUCUACGGCUUCUAUGAGGACACACAAAACAAGCUGUUUGUGGUCAGCAUGCCUUUGGCACAUAAGAAGUCCAGCAUGAUUUUCAUCAUGCCCUACCACGUGGAGCCUCUGGAGAGACUGGAGAAACUUCUCACCCGCCAGCAGCUGGACACCUGGGUCGGCAAGCUCGAGGAGAGAGCCGUCGCCAUCUCACUGCCUAAAGUUAGCAUGGAAGUCAGCCACGACCUUCAGAAACACCUGGGUGAACUUGGUCUCACUGAGGCUGUGGACAAGACUAAAGCUGACCUGUCCAACAUUUCUGGCAAGAAAGAUCUUUACCUGGCCAAUGUCUUCCAUGCCUCUGCCUUCGAGUGGGACACAGAGGGAAACCCAUUUGACACCAGUAUUUAUGGCAGUGAGAAGAUCAGGAACCCCAAGCUCUUCUACGCCGACCAUCCCUUCAUUUUCCUUGUGAAAGACAACAAGACCAACUCCAUCCUUUUUAUUGGCAGGCUUGUUCGGCCUAAGGGUGACAAAAUGAGAGAUGAAUUGUAACUUUUAGGAGAUUUGAAUUCUAUUUUACGGGGUUUUAAAUAGUAUUGUUGUUGUUAAUGAUGUGACUUUUACCUCAUGAGCCCAUUCCAAUGGAUUAUCUGUGUUGUUUCGACAAUCUAAGUCAACCUGUCAGUACAAAAACAUUGUUUUAAGGAGAUUGGUGAUACAUCAGGAGGUGUGGAAUUGGAACCCCACAAAUGUAUACAAAGUUUUGACAUCAAUUAGUUAAUGUGCAUUUUUCAAUCAGACACUAUGCUUACAUUAAGUGUAGUGCCAUUGAUGUUAAGCUGUUGUAUUGUGGUAUUUUAGAUUGUGCUUGUAGAAUCCCAUGUGAGAUCUGUGUAGGGUUUGCCUUAUCUUUAACGUUUAAAGGGAAAAGGUGGUCCUAUGCAAUUGUUCCUCAAGCACAAUUGUUGGUUCUCUGUUUUCACUUCCAUCAAGAUUUUUUGACUCCUGCACUGAUGCCUUUCUUCUAAAUUCUCCAUUUUGUACCAUAUCUUUUGAGAAAGUGUGCUAUUUUUUUUUUUAAAUCAAUUUUCACUCUGUUUGUUUUUUCAAUAAACUGAAAUGAAAAAUA